GUCUUCGCCAUGCUCCUGAAUUGGUUCCCCUCACAUUUUGUGUCUGAUGGUAGUCUACCACGAGCCUGUGCUUGAGGGUGGCGGUGACUUUGCGAAAACUGUUCCUACUACUUACAUGUUUUUUAUAAUUGAAGGCAAAUAUAGUGAUAUCGAUAUACUCGACACUAUUGACUACACCUAGUAUAUCGGACACCAAGGAAGAUCAAGAAGAUGUCAAAUCUGCCGUCACGCUGAGCGACCAGCCUCCUGAAAUGAUGACGUGGACUUUUCUCACGGAGAAAAACGACUGGUGGUUGUUCUUCCGGGAGGACGAGGAUUCGAUUUCAGGAGCACAACCGAGUGACAAAGAAUCGCUGGACGUGUUCGAGCUGUCAAUGCGCAACAAGCCAUACCGAUUUCGAUGCUUGAUUACGAAAGAUACGUCGCGAAUGACAAGAUUGCGAUCAAGUGCAAAUCCAGCUGGUACGCGGACGUUGAGUUGAGAGAGAUCAUGCAAGCGUACUUCGCACAUUGCCUUCGGGUUUUUCUGCGCGAGCACGUUGCAAAACUCACAAAAACGAAACGAGACGAUUCUGAUCGGACUUGUGGGUUAGCGUCCGCACUUCUGGCUACGAAUUUCUUUGGCGCAUUUUCUCCUGGCCAAGAUAUCGCGAAGCACUACGAUUUCAAUCUUAUUGGCGACGGGUACGACUUGUACGGUUCCUACGGUGAUGCGCAAGCAGUCGAGUAUUACAAAACCUGCCGGAUUCGCGAGACUUACAACGCCACUAACACCGGCACGACAGGAGGAAAUAAGGGACUGGCCGACAGUUUAUCACGGUACCAGAUUGGAGAAAGCGGUGGGAAUACUGUACGACCGCAUACGCGUGCCCGGCGGACCCGACUGCGAAAACGAACGUGUCGGUGCGUCAUGGGCAGAUGGGUGCUCCAGACGGAAAGAGCGCAAUAUACACGACACCCCACUUAGGUCUCGCCCCUUCCUUUCGGUACGCGCUUACAAGAAUCCAUGGAUGUGGGCCUUGGAUUCAGGUCGUCUUACAGUGCAGAAUCAACCUAACAAAAUGUACUCGACAGGAAACACACUGAGGAAAGGCAAACUGGACACCUCGUCUACGUCUGGACCCGAACCUUCCCAGCAACGAGGAUGCGGAGUUUCUGACCUUCAGCAACGACGAUAUUCAAGUGAUGGGAUUGAUGUUUCGCGAAUUGGGUGGGAAUAUAAGCGCACGGCAUUGGGGGCUGACUGCAGCGAGAGUGUGCGGAACGAACGAGAAACAGGCGGGAGAUAGUUGGACAGAUCUGUUGAAAAAACGUUUUGAAGAGAACGGAGUCUUUCUCGGAAAAAAGUGCAGAGGGGACAAGCCUCAGCAAUCUUGCACACCAGGAAAAAGACCUGUUUCGACGAGCUCGAACGGGAACUCACCCAAGUCGACUAAAAGACCUCGGGCGGGCAAACGGCUAGCUCAACUGCGAACGGAAGGGGCGCCGGCGGUCCAACAAAAAUGCUCAGUCCAGGCACUAGCUCUAGUACGAGUAGUGCAAAUGCGAAGCCGAUCAAAAGCAAAGCGGCGAGCGGUAAUUUGGUGCCUGCGCCGUCGACCGACCACAGAGGAAUCAAAAACGAGCUCGAUGAGUUAUCCCUGAGAAUCGAGCCUGCUCUUAGCAACAAUGACGGUAAAAGUCUGAAGGGGUACGAAACCAAGUUGAGGGGUUACGGUACGCGCCUCGACAAUCUUGUUUGUACCAGUCAGGCACACAGACUGCACCAGCGGAAAUCAGUGUUAACAACCGUGGAGACUUACUACAGCGAACAAAAGAUUUCUUUCACACUAGCUAGAUGAAUAUCAUCACGAGGAUCACAACUAGUUACUUAAUAUUUAGAGCAUCCACACGCACACGUAGAAAUGAAAUCUCAAUGCACAAGGUACAGGUAGGCACCGCAGACGAAAUACCGCAUUUGUGUGACUCUGACGCAACGCCGGAUUGCUCGAGUGAAGGUCUAAUAUUUCAUCUGGCAU